CACGUGCGGCUCUGCGAGGCUGCAGCCGCCGGCGCGCAGAAGAAGCGGACACCUGCCUUUGCCACGAUGCUCUCGUCCAGUGAGUUUGCACCUGCUUCUUGGGAUCUCGUGGUCCAAGUGGACCAUCCAAACGAGAAGCAGAAAGAUGUCACGCUGAGAGUGUCCGGAGACCUGCAUGUUGGCGGAGUGAUGCUCAAGUUAGUAGAAAAGAUCAACAUAGCCCAAGAUUGGUCAGACUUUGCCCUCUGGUGGGAACAGAAGCGUUGCUGGCUUCUGAAAACGCACUGGACCCUGGACAAAUGUGGAGUGCAGGCCGACGCAAAGCUUGUCUUCACCCCUCAGCAUAAAAUGCUCCGCCUCCGCCUGCCCAACGUGAAGACUGUGAGGCUGCGAGUCAGCUUCUCGGCCGUGGUGUUCAGAGCUGUCAGUGACAUCUGCAGAACCCUGAAUAUUAGAAGAUCAGAAGAACUUUCCUUGUUAAAGCCUUCUGGUGACUGUUUUAAAAAGAAGAAGAAAAAAGACAAGACUAACAGGGAGCCCGUAAUUGAGGACGUCUUGAACCUGGAGAGCUCUCCGACAAUCUCAGGGCCACCAGUAAGUCCUGGCUUGUACAGUAAAACCAUGACGCCCACGUACGACCCCGUCAACGGCACACCAGUGUCGUCCACCAUGACUUGGUUCAGCGACAGCCCUCUGACCGAACAAAACUGCAGCAUCCUCGCCUUCAGCCAACCCCCGCAGUCACCCGAGGCGCUGGCUGACAUGUACCAGGCCCGGUCGCUGGUCGAUAAAGCCAAGCUUAACGCAGGGUGGCUGGACUCCUCACGCUCCCUCAUGGAACAGGGCAUCCAGGAAGAUGAGCAGCUGCUGCUACGAUUUAAAUACUACACUUUCUUUGACUUGAAUCCCAAAUACGACGCUGUCCGGAUAAACCAGCUCUAUGAACAGGCCAGGUGGGCCAUCGUCCUAGAAGACAUCGACUGCACGGAGGAAGAAAUGUUGAUCUUCGCGGCGCUGCAGUAUCACAUUAGCAAGCUGUCGUUGUCGGCUGACAUCCAGGACUUUACCAGUGAGUCUGAAGUUGAUGAAGUGGAAGCAGCGCUUUCUAAUUUGGAAGUGACCCUCGAAGGUGGAAAAGCGGACAAUACUCUGGAGGACAUUACCGAUAUCCCUAAACUUGCAGAUAACCUCAAAUUAUUUAGGCCCAAGAAGCUAAUGUUAAAAGCUUUCAAACAAUAUUGGUUCGUCUUUAAAGACACAUCUAUAGCCUACUUUAAAAAUAAGGAACUCGAACAAGGAGAACCAAUAGAAAAAUUAAAUCUGAGAGGCUGUGAAAUUGUGCCAGAUGUAAAUGUAGCAGGAAGAAAAUUUGGAAUCAAGUUAUUAAUCCCUGUUGCUGAUGGUAUGAAUGAAGUGUACCUGAGAUGUGACCACGAGAAUCAAUAUGCCCAGUGGAUGGCUGCCUGCAUUUUGGCAUCGAAGGGCAAAACCAUGGCAGAUAGCUCCUACCAGCCGGAGGUCCUCAACAUCCUUUCAUUUCUGAGGAUGAAAAACCGGAACUCGACAUCUUCAGUGGCUUCCAGUCUCGAAAACAUGGACAUGAAUCCGGAAUGUUUUGUGUCACCUCGGUGUGCAAAAAAACACAAGUCUAAACAGCUGGCAGCCCGGAUUAUGGAAGCCCACCAGAACGUGGCCCAGAUGUCCCUGGUUGAAGCCAAGCUGCGGUUCAUUCAGGCGUGGCAGUCCCUACCUGAAUUCGGCCUCACCUAUUACCUUGUCAGAUUUAAAGGAAGUAAGAAAGAAGACAUUCUGGGAGUUUCAUAUAAUAGACUGAUUAGAAUCGAUGCAGCGACUGGGAUUCCAAUUACAACAUGGAGAUUCGCCAAUAUGAAACAAUGGAAUGUAAAUUGGGAAAUCCGGCAGGUGGCGAUCGAGUUUGACCAGAACGUCUCCAUUGCGUUCACCUGCCUGAGCGCCGAUUGCAAGGUCGUGCACGAAUAUAUCGGUGGCUACAUCUUCCUGUCCACCCGCUCCAAGGACCAGAACGAAACACUCGACGAGGAUCUGUUCCACAAGUUGACAGGCGGUCAGGAGUGAAGCCGAGCCGGCCUGCUGGGCCUACAGAGGGCGAGCCGAAGGCGGCCCUCCCCAGCCGGGGCCCAGGCUUGCAGUGCAGGUUCCAGACUGAUGGACAGCCCAUAUUCACCGCCAGUCACCCAGAUCCUUACCUCAUUUCAAGCACACUGCCUAGCACCCCUCCCCCUUUGCUUACUUUGCCCUGUGCUACCAGCAGUGGAAGGAGCCUCAGUUGCCUUUUCUAUAAAAUGGGAGGGCAGGAGAAAGAUAGUGCUUUAAGACCACUCUAAGGCCCAGCAUACAGGUUCAGUUCUGUGACCUACAGAACCUGCAAGUGAAUGGCUAGAAGUUGUUCCUGUGCUUACCUGCUUUGUUACAAGCUUUAAAAGCACGUGUAGCAAGGACAAAUCUUACUCCACAAACUCAGAUAUGAAAAGAGAGGUCUUUCCUUAACAGAACAGCUUUUAGCUCCCAUCUUGUGGAAAUGGUGGAGGGAAACCACACACAUUUCCCAUGAAGGCCAAAGUCUAGGGGUGGAGAGAGGAGAGGUGGGAUUUCCUGAUACCAGUUGACAAGGGGUCAAAGCAGUGGACCUCAAUGUCGUCGGUCCACAGUGACUUCUGCCAAGGUGACCACUGACCCAUCUGGUUUGGACAUUGGUCCUCUCAGGUUACUAGUCCCACAAGUCCCAUUCCAUUCUGGGGAUCCCUCAACCACCUUUAUGUCCUUGGUGACAUGGGUACAGGGAACCUACUCCUCAACUCAGCCCCAUGUCUCCACUACUUCUACUCUGGGAUGGGGCACAGUCCCCAUUCUCUGUUCAUAAAACCACCUCCCCACAUCCAGGCUUCCAGUGAGGUCCCCAUCCCAACGGGUCACAAAGAGAAGGACAGGACAUGGGCCAGGCCCAUUGGCUUCCAUCCACACAGACCUUGUCUGGUCUGGGGGGCAGGGAAGCCUCACUCUUACCACUCAUCAGUGUUACUCUGGAUUUGUGUCUAUUCUUAUGAUUCUGGCCUUUCCCCUUACAGGCCUUGGCUUUCACAAAUCAAAAGCCAAUCACAGUCUUUUCUCCCUGCCUUAAGACAUGAGUGUGGGCCAAUGAAUAGCUGCUUCUGUUGUCAUUUUCUGUUUUGGUUUGUCAGCACUGGAGGGAAUGGGUCUUGAGAAGGUAAAGCAAAACCAGGAGGAGAGGAAAAUAUCAAAUAGUAUUUUAAUUGUUUUUGGAGUUUCUCUAAGGUACAAAUUUCAGGGGGCCUGGCCAGAGCUCAGAUGCUGGUAAACAUCAGCUAGUUGUUGCUUUAUUUCCCAGCACAACCUUUUGAGAAGAGAGAUCUCCAGGAUUCCUGGAGCCACAAUGGGACAGCCUUAGAUAGGGACCCCUAGGCCCUGCCUGAGUCAGAAGCAUCACUGGAAGUUUUUCUCUCAGCCUCUCUCAGAGGCGAGUGUUAAUGAACACUCCCCUGGCACCUGGUGAACCUCCGAGGCCUACCUGUCAAGCUCGGAGGUGGCUUAGGCACUUGGAAAAUCUGGUCCAUGUCAUAAAGAACUUCAUUUGAAAUGUUUUAUGUAGAAACUAUACUGGGUUAAACUUAGUAUUGGUCAUUACUAUAGAGUUCUGGGCUCUAUUAUUUUAGAACCUAGUCAGGUCUUUAAGAUCAUGUUGGGCCCUACAUUAAAAUAAUGCUCCUCGAUGUGACAUUUCACCUGUCUGCUGCCACGUUCAGCUCUGCAUAACUUACCAAAGGCACACCUCAGUACAACCCUCCUCCUUAGCUUUUCAGGGUUAUCUGACAUUUCCAUGGAAAUGCUCAGAGGAGUAGACUGGUUUUAACCAAACUUUCAGGGAACGUUUCUCCCAUAACUACACAGCCACGUCCCAAAGAAAUAAACAGUGUGGCACAAAAACCCUAAAAACUGCUGCUACUCCAAAGAGCAGCCUGAGGAUGCUUUUCUACUUUGGGCACAAAAGGUCGUCUGACUACUUAUGAUGAAAUUUUUAAUUAAUGUGUGCCUUUCAACCCCAUUUGUCUUAUCUACACUACACUGGGAAAUCUGCCUUUUUAUUAUUUUUAUGACUUUUUUAAUUAAAUGGUUUAUAUGGAUUUGA